ACUCCAAAGGAGCAUCACGAACAAAGUCAACAAAGGAACAAACUUCAACAAAACCCAAGUUCUCAAAAACUCUCCUCUCUUUCUCAGAAAACAAUGAAGCGCCUCCCUCUCAAAUUCCUCUCAUUCUCCCUCCUCUUCCUCCUCUCCUCCUCCCUCUUCUCCAUCAUCUCUCUAAAACCCCCUUUUCACCCAUCGGACCUCCUCCCUCUCCUGCCCAGAGAGGCCUCGUGGCCGAUCCUCAGAAGCCUCAACAGCGCCGUCGAUCUCCUCCCCACUUUCGUCGGCGCCGCCUCUUCGUCCAACUCGACUCUCGAGUGGAAAGGCGCUUGCUUUUACGAGAACGAGGCCUGGCUCGAGUUUCACAAUAAGAGCGGGUCCCAAUUUGGAGGAGGAACUCUUCACAUCAAGGCUGGUGAAGCUCAUAGUUGGACGUGUAUGGAUCUUUAUGUCUUUGCAACUCCAUUCCGGGUGACAUGGGAUUACUACAUUUUGGGUCGAGAACAUACCCUUGAAAUUGAUGAAUGGGAGGGAAAAGUAGAAUAUGAAUAUGUGAAACAUAAUGGACUAUCAAUCUUCCUUAUGCAAUCAGGGAUGAUGGGGACUCUUCGGGCUUUGUGGGAUGUUUUUCCUUUAUUCACUAAUACUGGAUGGGGCGAGAAUUCAAAUUUGGCUUUCCUUAAGAAGCAUAUGGGGGCUUCAUUUGAGGAAAGGCCAAAGCCAUGGUUCACUAAUGUCACUGUUGAUGACAUUCACUCUGGAGACUUUUUAGCUAUAUCAAAAAUUCGUGGUAGAUGGGGUGGAUUUGAGACCUUAGAAAAGUGGGUAACUGGAGCUUUUGCUGGGCAUACUGCUGUUUGCCUUAAGGAUUCAGAAGGAAAGCUUUGGGUUGGAGAGUCUGGACAUGAAAACGAGAAGGGCGAAGAUGUUGUUGCUGUGCUGCCAUGGGAUGAAUGGUGGGAUUUUGAACUGAGUAAAGAUGACUCAAAUCCUCAUAUUGCAUUGCUUCCUCUACAUCCAGAUCUUCGAGCUAAAUUUAAUUCAACCGCUGCUUGGGAGUAUGCUAGAAGCAUGUCCGGAAAGCCUUAUGGUUAUCAUAAUCUGAUAUUUAGUUGGAUAGAUACUAUAAGUGGAAACUAUCCACCUCCCUUGGAUGCACAUUUGGUUGCUUCUGUAAUGACUAUGUGGAGCAACAUGCAGCCAACCUAUUCCGACAUGUGGAAUGAAGCAUUGAACAAGCGUCUUGGUACCCAGGGCCUUGACCUUCCUAAGAUAAUCGUUGAAUCAGAAAAACGUGGCAUAUCUUUUGACAAACUUCUAACGAUUCCUGAGAAAGAUGAUUGGGUCUAUUCUGAUGGGCAAUCAACUUCUUGUGUUGCUUUCAUUCUUCAAAUGUAUAAGCAUGCAGGGCUCUUCGAUCCAAUUGCUAGCUCUAUUCAAGUGACAGAGUUCACUAUAAAAGAUGCUUAUACUCUCAAAUUCUUCGAGGAUAACCCUAAUAAUCUCCCAGAGUGGUGCAACAAAGACGAUGAUGUGAAACUCCCUUUCUGUCAAAUUAAGGGAAAAUAUAGAAUGGAAUUGCCCGAUUAUAACACAAUGCUCCCUUAUCCCCACAUGAAUGAACAUUGUGCUUCUCUACCUCCUAAUUAUAUCAGAUCGAGGAAUUGCUGAAGUUAUUUUCAAUUUUUCCUGUGUUUCAAGAGCUGCUGCUUCCUGUUUUUUCAAGGUGAAGAUUGUAUAGUUUGUAAAAUAUACUGAUCUAGAGUGAAAGAAUCACGCAUAGGAAUGUAAAGAAAAUUGUGUGGAUUCAGCACUAAUACUCUAGAUAUAAAUUUGAAAGAUGAAUGUCUGUUAAUCCUGAUUUUUACAUGUACGUUUUGAUCUUGGUUUUGCAUGAAAACAAUCCUCCGUACGUAGGUUUUCUUGUGA